AUGGAUAUCUCCAGUCAUGUCAAGUACCAGCUAGCAAUAAGUGUAGAUCGACUGCUUCUCACGGAAUCAGCUGGUAAGGAAUCUUGUUGCAUCUUCAGAAUCCCUGAUAGCCUCUCAAAAGUGAACCCAGAAGCAUAUAAGCCCAAAGUUGUUUCCGUUGGUCCUUACCAUUACGGAGAUAAACUCCUCAAGAUGAUUCAAGAGCACAAGCCUCGGUUUCUGAAGCUUUUUCUAAGUAAUGCAAAAAAGAAGGCAGUGGAAGAAAAAGACUUGUUCGAGGCUGUAGCGGCUUUGGAAGAAAAAGUUAGGAAUUCUUAUUCUGAGGGUCUUCGCCAAAUUUCAAAUGAAUUAGUGUAUAUGAUGAUUCUUGAUGGGUGCUUCAUUCUCAUGUUGAUACUUAUUUUUUCCAAGAGUACUGAGUUGCUUGACAAGGAGGAUCCAGUUUUCAAGGUCCCAUGGAUUCUCCCGGCCAUUCGGAGCGAUCUUCUCCUCUUGGAAAAUCAGGUUCCUUUCAUUGUUCUUCAAACUUUAAUGAAAGUUUCAAAGAUAGGUGUCUUUGAUGACCUAAACACGAUGGCGGUUCAUUUUUUCUUUCCGGAUAGACCAGAAAGACACUUGGAGAAGUGCAGAAACUUUGAGGGGAAACAUCUUCUUGACCUCAUUCGCAUGAGCUUCGCACCUAGCACCAGACCUAGCAUCACACCUAGCAUGAGAUCGGAACCUCCAAAGGAUUCUACAUCUGACUUGAUACUGCCGGCCAAAAGACUUCGCCUCCAGGGGAUAAAGUUCAGGCUUAUUAGUGAUGCAGAUUCGAUACUGGAUAUAAGAUUAAAGGAUAACAUGCUUCAGAUACCACUGCUAAGACUGGACGAGUCCAUCAGCUCAAUCUUCCUCAACUGCGUCGCUUAUGAACAGUUUUAUUCACAGAGUACCAACGACAUAACAAGCUACAUGUACUUCAUGGGGUGCCUUCUAAAAGGAGAGGAAGAUGCAGCUUUCUUGAGCAACGACAAGCAGAUCAUAGAGAACUACUUUGGCAGCGAGAGUGAGGUGUCCCAGUUCUUCAAAGACAUAUGUAAAGGUGUAAACUUCGACAUGAGUAGAAGUUAUUUACGGUGUGUGUUUCUGGGAGUUAACCUCUACACCUCAAAACAGUCCAAUAGAGUAUGGGCAGGCUUUAAGCACACACACUUUGAGUCACCAUGGACUUGUCUGUCAUCGUUUGCUGUUGUUUUCGCUCUUCUUCUUACCAUCCUGCAAGCUACUUUUGCGGUUAUGUCCUACCUGAACGAUAAAAAGGCUGCAGAUUGA